UUCUCUCAGUGCACUGAUAGAGAUUUCUAGUGAGCGUGUUGAAGUUGAUCGUUACUGUGAUCACUUACGGACUUAUUUGUAAAUCAGCUGCCCCAUCUUCUUCGAAAUGGCAGACCAACUGACAGAGGAGCAGAUUGCCGAAUUCAAGGAGGCGUUCUCGCUCUUCGACAAGGAUGGCGAUGGCACCAUCACCACCAAAGAGCUGGGCACUGUCAUGCGCUCACUGGGCCAGAACCCCACAGAGGCUGAGCUCCAGGACAUGAUCAACGAAGUUGACGCUGAUGGUAAUGGAACGAUAGACUUUCCAGAGUUUCUGACCAUGAUGGCGAGGAAGAUGAAGGACACAGACAGCGAGGAGGAGAUCAGAGAAGCAUUCCGUGUCUUCGACAAGGAUGGCAACGGCUACAUCAGUGCUGCUGAGCUGCGUCACGUGAUGACAAACCUGGGUGAGAAGCUGACUGACGAAGAAGUGGACGAGAUGAUCAGAGAAGCAGACAUUGACGGUGAUGGUCAGGUCAACUAUGAAGAGUUCGUACAAAUGAUGACGGCGAAGUGAUGGCCUUGUACAGAUUUCUUAUAAAUAAUUUGCCUUUUUUUCUUUGUGUAAUUUAUCUGUAAAAUCUUAAUAGCCCCCCUCUCGUCCCUGCCCCUUGCUGUCCAAAGGAACUGCAUGUAAACUGCAUACGCUCUUGUCCCCAUGUCCCUUUCUUUUGCUGUCAUGGUGUUUUGGAGUGACGGAGCGGUCUUGCAUCCAGAUGCCUGUGGAGGCCUUGGCUGGCCAGAGAACUUAAAAACCUUCCUCUCAUGUGGGCACAGGCCCCUCCACGCAUGGCGGUAUUGGAAACCUGUCUGCUGGUUGUCACUUGGCAACGCUGUUGGCAUGGAAACGAUGUGGAGAAGCUAAACUCUGCAUGGACUACGGACAAAGUAUAUAUGGAAAAUUUCUCAGCAUUGCACUACUGCAAAAAAAUGACACGGGUGUAUCUCCUAGGUACUCGUACAAACUCUUUUUGUAUCUGCUGUUCUAUAUACCAGAAAUGACUAAUCUUACUAUGCUUUUUAAUGUUUUACUCACUACUUUUAAUUUCUUUUUCUUUUUUUUAAUGGUCUUUGGCCAUGCCUCAAAUAAUCCAUUCCAAGUUGUAUAUUUUUGUUUUACAAUAAAAGUUACAAUCUACCCAGA